CUGCAGCGGUUUGGGCUGUAUUGGCUGCUUCGAUCUCCAAUAAAUUCGUGGUAGCCGCUUCAGUGGUGGCAGUAUUUUCAUCGAGAAUAUUAGUAAAAAUGACGGGUUUAAAACUCUGCAAAAAAUGA